AUGGUAAUGGGAAUGAUAACAGGAAAUAUUGUAGCUGUAAAGAAAGCACUUCUAUCUGUUUCAGGUUGUCUUCAGGAUAAGCCUAGGUUGGAUGCAGCUAACUCGGGUUCUGGAAAAUUUUCAGGGAGACUGCUUCAUGGGCCUGAAAAUAUGGGGACUGGUCAUAGAAUGUUUAUAGAAGAGGAGGUGGUUUUUAAGUUGUUAUGCCAAGUUGAAAAGGUUGGUAGUUUGAUAGGGAAAGGUGGCUCUGUAAUACGACAUUUGCAAAAUGAAACUGGUGCAUUUAUCAAGAUAGUUGACGCUCCUCCGGAUUCAGAUGAGCGGGUGGUUUUGAUAUCUGCACGAGAGAAUUCAGAGCAGAAACAUUCCCCUGCACAGGAAGCUGUUAUCCGUGUGCAUUCACGAACGGCAGAAAUUGGUUUUGAACCUGGUGCUGCGGUAGUUGCUAGGCUUCUUGUGCAUUCGCAGCAGAUAGGUUGUUUAUUGGGCAAAGGUGGUUUCAUAAUUUCUGAAAUGAGAAGGGCUACUGGUGCUAGCAUACGCAUAUUCACGAAGGAACAAGUCCCAAAAUGUGGCACACAAAAUGACGAAGUUGUACAGGUUAUUGGAAGCUUGCAGUGUGUACAGGAUGCCUUAUUUCACAUAACAAGUAGACUCCGCGAAACAAUUAUUCCUACGAAGCCACACCAUCCAAAUUUUGAUGGCCCACCGUAUGCUUCCGCGUACCCUGACAUGCCUCCUCCCAUGUUUAGACCUAGGCAUAACCCUGCUUCCCCCGGUCCAUGUCCUUCUCCUGUUGGGCUCCCUCAUGGAAUUGACCAUUCGGCUGUUCCAUCCCAACUGCUUGACCACCUGCAUCCAUUUUCACAUGGCAUGGAUCACAACACUCCCUCUCAAAUUGACCGAGCUCCCUAUCCUUAUGGAAGUGAGCGAUCAGGUCAUGGUCGAACGUAUGAUAGACCAUCUUCUCCAAGAAUGUGGAAUCCUCAGGGGAUUAGCAGUGGAACUCCCAGGGGAAUUGGAGAUAAUGGUCCAGGCUUUGCUUCAAGAAAGGGACCUCAGGGAAGUGAGAGUCAAGCCCCACAUUCAAGUGCAAUUGUUGAGAUCAUGAUUCCUCAAAAGUUGUUAAGCCAUGUUUAUGGAGAAAAUAACAGUAAUUUAAGUCAGAUCCAGCAGAUCUCGGGGGCGCAGGUGGUGGUAAACGAUGUACAACCCGGAGCCUUAGAAGGGCUUGUUACAGUAUCUGGAAAUCCCAAUCAAAUGUCUGUUGCUCAAUGCCUUAUUCAUGCCUUCAUCCUUUGUGGGCAGACAGCAGGUUAAAUCUCUUCUUUGUAGGGGCAUUCUUUGUGAAAAGUGAAACUUCCAAGUGUAUAUAUAAGUUGUGUUCCCCUUUUGAAAAAUAAAGAAUGGCAGUUAUAGCCAAGUGUAUAUUGAGUUUUAUUAUAUUAUUUAUUGUGUCAUCAAUCUUUACAAAGCUA